CCCUGAUGCAAUGGGGCCCUGCUUAUAACUUAGGUACUGAAGAUAUCCUACAGUAAGUAUUUAGAAGACUCGACCAAGGCUAUUCUUAUAACUAGACGUGUCUGGUCCUUGGAAAUUGAAUCGGAUGAAUCGGAUGGCUGCUUCUAAUCCUGUGCACCUUUAUCAACCGAUCACAACCGCGAUACAACGUUAUGGCUGAGCAGGUCGAUGUGCUCAUCUGUGGCAGUGGGUCUGCCGGGCUUUGUGCAGCAGUCUGGCUCGCACGAUGUGGCAUAAACUAUAAGAUUCUGGAGCGCCGAGCUGGCCCGCUCGAAAAUGGCCAAGCGGACGGCGUUCAGACUCGAACUGUGGAAAUUUUCGAAAGUUUUGGUAUAGCCGAAGACCUCCUCAAGGAGUCAUAUCAUGUGCUCGAGGUUGCUUUCUGGGCGGCAGAGGGCGAGGGCAUCAAGCGAACGCACUAUACAGCGGACACGGAGCCGGGUUUAAGCCACCAGCCUCAUGUCAUUCUCAACCAAGCGAGAGUAAAUGGCAUGCUGAUUAAAGAGAUGGAGCGGGUGUCCAAAAAAACCAUGAUCGAGUACGGUUGUGAGGUCCAGAGUGUAGAAGUUGACGAUACUGCGCACAAAGACCCAGCUGCGUACUGCGUUACCACAACAGCUAGUUCAAACGGGCAACAAAAGAUCUUUCAAUCUAAAUAUGUGCUGGCCUGUGAUGGGGCGCAUAGCGCGAUUCGGAAAUCCCUAGGAUUUGCUAUGGUCGGCGAUUCCACCAAUGCCGUCUGGGGUGUUAUGGACAUUCAUGCCAAAACUAACUUCCCUGACAUCCGCAAGAAGGUCAUCAUCCAAUCACAUGCUGGGAACCUUAUGAUCAUCCCUCGUGAAGGCGAUUCCAUGGUCCGUUUCUACAUUGAACUCGGCGGAGCAGCGGUCAAGGACGUCACCCUGGCCGACCUCCAAGAACGAGCGAGCCACAUCUUGCACCCUUAUUCUAUCGAGUUCAUGAAAACUAUCUGGUGGUCAGCGUACUCCAUCGGCCAGCGCCUCGCUGACAACUUUGAGAAGGCCGGGCGUGUCUUCUUGACCGGCGACGCGUGCCACACUCACUCUCCAAAAGCUGGGCAGGGCAUGAAUGUAAGCCUGCAGGACGGCUUCAACAUUGGUUGGAAGCUGGCAGCCGUCCUACGGGGCCAGUGCUCGGCCAAGAUUCUUGAGACAUAUGUCUCGGAGCGUCAGAAGACGGCCGCACAGCUUAUCGAUUUUGAUCGUUUCUUCACAAAACUCUUCUCGUCCUCCUACCGACAGGAGAAUGGAAUCACUGCGCAAGAUUUCAAAGACCACUUUGUCAAGGCGGGGCGAUACACAGCCGGCCAGGGCGUGCAAUACGAGGAAUCCAUCUUUAUAUCCCCCAGCACGACGGACAAGGACCUAGCUCGCAACGUCGUUGUUGGGAUGCGCUUCCCCAGCGCCCAGGUUGUACGCUUCUGCGACGCUCGCCCGAUGCAGCUAAUGACGGCGCUCCCUGCCGAUUCUCGGUGGCAUGUUGUUGUAUUUGCAGGAGAUAUCUUGCAACAGGCUGCAGCCGUCCGGCUUGCCAAGGUCGCAGCAGAACUGCACAACAUGAUUUAUAUGUUUACACCGACUGGCCAGGAUGCCGACACUGUUAUCCAGGGCGUCCUCGUGCUUGCUUCAAAGCGCAUCGAGGUGGAGCAAAAAGUGAUCCCUGACGUCUUUACACCGGAGACAGGAGAGUGGAAGAUCAAAAAUCUCCAAAAGAUCUUUGUGGACGAUGCUAGUUACAAUGCGGGGCAUGGACAAGCAUACAAAACCUACGGCAUUCACCCUGAAGGCUGUGUGGUUGUUAUCCGCCCAGACCAAUAUGUUGCAAAGAUCUGCUCUUUAGAUAAUAUUAAAGAUAUUACAGCUUUCUUUGAACAAUUUUUAUCUUUAACUUCUCAAUUUAAAUAA